CGCGGCCAGUGAAGAGACAAGGACAUUACGCCGUGACGCCAUGCCUUUCUUGGAUGUGCAGAAAAGGUUGGGCAUUAACAUAGAUCAGGGGUUGACAAUCCAAAGUGCUGAACAGCCCUACAAGAUUCCUGCUCGGUGCCAUGCUUUUGAAAAAGAAUGGAUAGAAUGUGCACAUGGAAUCGGUGGCAUCCGGGCAAAGAAAGAGUGCAAGAUAGAAUAUGAGGAUUUCAAAGAAUGUAUUCUUCGGCAGAAAACGAUGAGACGCAUCAAUACCAUCCAGAAGCAGCGGGAUAAGCUAAUAAAGGAAGGAAAGUAUACCCCUCCACCUCACCACUUGGGCAAGGAGGAUCCUAGGCCCUGAGUAGAGCAGCUGCUGAUAGCUGGAGGCUGAUUUUUAUGUUCUCUGUUCUCACUGGAACGAUUACUUACUGAAAACCUCUUUGUCAGAAGUGUGUAAAUAAAAGAUUGCUCCAUCCAA